CCAUUAAAAUAGACAUCUCUUCAAUUAAUCCAAUCUGCUCCUUUUGCUUCUGUUCCCCGCCUUCCAAGAUGCAACUCACUACUCUACCUCGCCCACCAGCCAUUCCUCUUCCAAACCCUAUUUUCCGGCGCUUUUACAGUCCCCAAUCACUGGGUUUCUUUCACAGGCCGCUCCCUGCUGCUUGUAGUUUGCUCACGAGUCACGCCCCGCCGUAUUUACGUCGCCGCAACUUUCUCUUCCGGAAGUAGUAAGGACGACGUCGGGAAUCUGUUUCGGAACAAUUGCAGCAUUGGGGAGAGCCAGGAGGAGAGCGUGAAUGAAGGUGGUGAGCAUGGCGGAAAAUCGUUGGCGGAGGUGGCGGCGGGAACCGUAGAGGGGCUGGAGAACCAGAGCUUCUGGAAUCAAAUCAAGGAGAUUGCCAUGUUCACUGGGCCUGCUACUGGGCUUUGGUUGUGUGGACCCUUGAUGAGUCUCAUCGACACUGUUGUCAUUGGUCAGGGAAGCUCCCUUGAGCUUGCAGCUUUACGACCUGGGACGGUGUUCUGUGAUUAUAUCUGUUACGUGUUCAUGUUUCUCUCGGUUGCUACUUCCCUCGCCAGACAGGAUAAAUCAGAAGUGCAGCAUCAAAUAUCAAUACUUUUGUUCGUUGGAUUGGUAUGUGGAGUGUUUAUGCUGUUCUUCACGAGGUUAUGUGGUUCGUGGGCACCUACUGGACAAAGGAACCUUGAUUUAAUACCCGCAGCAAAUACUUACGUCCAGGACUCCAGAAUGAGGAACUUCGCCUCAACUUUCCAGACGAUGUUCUACUUGCUCAUUUUGAUCAUCAAAGGAUUAAUGUCUUCUGUUCUUUUCUCCCAGAUUCUAGGCUUAGCAUGGCCCGCAGUUCUUGUGGGAUGGGUUGCUCAAAGUGCUAGGUAGACACUAUGGUUUUAGUUACCGCUGCUUUUGUACUCUGUUCCAAGUCACUGCUGCUCUUAUGCUUGCUCCUCUUGCAACCGAUUCUGAAUUGAAAUAUUUGGCGGUUGAUUUUGUGUGCUUCAUAAUAUGAAGCAGUGACAUUGAACUUGCUGUUGCCUGCAGUAGAAAGUUUAUGGCAAUUCCUUUCCUAGCACUUCAUCAAUAUCACUGUUUGAUGAAUUGUGAUGGCAAAUAUUAAGUUGAAUAGCGACAGUGGAAAUUAAUGUGUCACCACCUGUUUCACUAGGAAAAGAGAGAGAAUGGAUUGGUUGAUUGGUCAUGCUUCCAUUGUUGUACUAUGAAGGAUUGAUUGAUAACUCGUGUUUUAAUGGCCUCAUCCUGUUUUGCUGUCUUGGAAUGAAAGAUUCACGGGGUCCUCUGAAAGCUUUAGCAGUUUCUACUCUUGUAAAUGGUUUUGGUGAUAUAGUCCUCUGCAGAUUUUUAGGCUAUGGUAUAGCUGGGCAGCAUGGGCCACUAUGGUGUCCCAAGUCGUUGCAGCCUUUAUGAUGAUUGACACUCUGAACAAGAAAUGCUACAAUGCAUUAGCAAUAUCUGUUCCGAUGUUUGAUGGUCUUUUGCGCAUACUUGGGCUUGCUGCUCCAGUGUUUAUUACCAUGACCUCAAAGGUUGCAUUUUAUUCCUUCAUUUAUUUUGCCACAUCAAUGGGCACACAUGGCAGCUAAUCAGGUCAUGAGUCAAGUAUUUGGCAUGUGUGGUGUGUGGGGCGAGCCUAUCUCUCAAACUGCUCAAUCUUUUUUGCCUGAGCUAAUAUAUGGAUCCAGUCGAAAUUUGUCAAAGAUGCACGGGGUGUUGCUACCAUUCUUUAUUGCGUUGGCUGUGACGCCUUGCAACCACAACCUAGAAGGGACAUUGAUGGUAUCUUGUUUCAUUGGGUGCUCUAUUAGUAAUGGUACAUCAUAUACUUCUUGAUCAAUUUCCACUCUAACCUUUCGAGCAUUCAUCCAUCAGUGACUAAUAUAAGCUAGUGAGUAGUGACUCUUACCAGGCUGCAAGCAGCAAAGGAUUCGGCGAUGGAAACGUAACCCACGAUUCAAGGGUUUUGCUUGUAACUCACAAGCGAGAGAAAGACGUUGGUGUCUAUAAACCUUUGAUUUAUUAAUUUGAUACGGAACUAAUGCCAAACUUACAUAUUUAUAGAAGAAAUAAACCUAAUACGU